AUGGCCUUCUGUUUAGUUCCAAGGCCACUUUCUCUCGUUAAACGUCACAUCGAGGCGAAUGGUGGUCGAGAAGCAUUCGUCGUUUACGAAGUCGACUCGUGGGCGGAAGAAAUGUACGGAGUGCGAAUCCUCAGGCUUCCUCCGUACCAUUGCCACUGGAAUGCCAUCAAAUUUGGGUGGCAGAGGACAUCAAGUCACACCUCCGCAGAUUCGGUGAGAAAUCGCACUCUUGAUUUCUGGCAAAACUAUUACGGCAGUGAGGUGUCCUCAGUGAUCGACAACUGCCGGCUAGACGAAAACGACAUGCGACGGAUGCAGCAUGAAAAGGAGCAGAUGGUCUAUGAUGAAGACUUCAAGCCUGUUUAUGAGGUGAACGAGAAUGGUCAGCUGACGUCAAUCAACAACAAUUUAUUAGAAAACAGCGAAGAAGUCACAUGUUCGAUUCAUCGUCAUUCCACUCCCAAUUCUCGUCAUCUUCAACCAUCACAAGCUUGA